CAUGAUUGCUGGUUGAUAGCCACAGAACAGAAGUCGUGUCACAAGUUAAACUGGGCGGAUCACAGCUCCACAGCUGAAGACUUCUCCACGCUGCUUUCAAACUAGUUUGCCGCUUGGUAUUGUGGCACAUUGGGCUUUUCCAUACCAGUCUUCUCUGCCGACCAUGACUUCUCAGCAACAGGUUGUCCGCCGCCAGCCGCAGCCCUCCAUCAUGUCCCAGAGAGUGCAGUUCACGCUCAAGCUCUUCAUGCUGGAAACUGCCCGAAGUAAACUUGAACAAGAACUGUCCAACUUCAUCAAAAAGGCCUAUGAAGAAGUUCAAGGUUUCUUUAAUACAUCUUUUCCCACUAGUGUCUUCAGUGAUCUCACAAAGGCUUUAGAUACAAAAUAUGAAGUCAUUGACAAGCUUUCAGCUUCAUUAAAAUCUCUCACAGUUGAGCCACAAGUGUGUGGCCAGCUUAUCUCCAAGCCUGCAGCAGUCCAACAGGAUGACAUCAAACACGGCAUCAACAGAGCGACUACGACCUCAUCGUCUCACUUAGAGGCUGAAGAAAAAGAACAUGCUGUUGUUUUAGAUGAGAAACGCCCAACAGAUGCUGUGAGUCUUCCACCUGCGUCCGAGAGACCCGAGAUCAACCCAGAGAGGCCACCAAUACUACUGCCUCCCCUACAAGCUUCAUUCCCAGGGAUCAGUAACACUAAUCCAAUGAAAAUAACUCCGCUAAUGAGCUGGGGAUGUAAAGAUGAUUUCCAGGUGAAACAGCAAAAACAAACAUCAUCUCAGCUGCUUCACUUCCUCAGAGAAAAAGUUAAAAACAUUGGAGUACUGGAGAUCACUGUCAUGGAGUGGAGUAACAGUACCUUGAGUUCGCCAGAGCGGCCUGCCAUCAAAACACAAAGCUACCAAUUCAGACAAGUUGUGACAGAUGAUCUGACCAACCCACUAGAGCCGAAAACGUUAUUUGCAGACAUGGAAAACCAAGCCCCAGUCUUCAGAGUGAAAAGAGUGGAAACGAGUGGUUCUCUGACCUACACUUGUGUGAUUGCAACAAAGACUGAAUUGUGGGAUAUUGGAGACAUCUUCACUGAGGUGCGACGGGGAGACUUGAAAGCCAUCCCCUUCGAAAAUAAAGACUGCCCAAAUAUUACACCUCAGGUGGAGCACAACUGCCUAAACGCCCAGAGGGAAAACCAAAGUCUUCAGAGCACUGAUCCCAAACAUGCAAGCCAUUUUGAUGGUGUAAAAACUCCAGCAAUGAAGUGCAUCACCAUUCCUCAGUUCCAGACCUGCAGGUUUGAAGAGAUGGAGGUAGUGGUGUCUCACAUUGUCAGCCCAGGCAACUUCUACGUACACCACGCAGACUCCAUCAUGAAGUGGCAAACCCUUGUCCCAGACAGCUGGAAAGCCAGUAGAUCAUAUGCCGCGCAGAACUGCAUUCCAGACAUUGGAACCCAAGUAAUAGGUUGGUUCCCUAAGCAAGAACAAUGGUGCAGGACUCGGGUGACAAAGAUAUGUGGAGUAAGUGAAGAUGGUGGAGGGAGAGAGACAUCCAUCAAGGUGGAGGUGAAGAGGCUGGACCAGGGUGAUACAGCCUGCCUGUCGCUGUCGGACAUCAAGGAGCUGACCCCGGAAAUGGCCGUCCUACCACUUCAGGCUGUACAGGUCUCACUAGCAAAUGUGACGCCUGUGAAUGGGAGUGUUUGGUCUGAGGAGGCGGUGGGCUGGUUCAGGAAUAUGGUGGACAACAGGACGCUCUAUGCCAGGCUUUACCCACAGGGACCCAAAGUUACAGUCGAGCUAUUCUUGGAAAAAGGAAAGCUCAGAGCUAUGAGGAGGGGUGCAUCACUGUCUUUGAGACUGGCCCAGAACGGACAUGCCAUCCAUAGCAAACUCAUGAAAAGAAGCAAAUAUCAAGAUAAAGUGAAGAAACAGGACUCCGAGUGGAAGAAAUACGUAAUCUCGCGCUAAACUCGUAAUAGUAAGCCUUGAUACAGAAAGCAUGUCAAAUACAAAUGGCAGACAGGCCAUGAAGCACUCAAAGCUAAACACCGAGACAUUUUUAGUGAUUCUUAAAUGAGGAAUAAAUCAUCAGGGUCGUUUGAACACACAGAGGACUUUCAGGUUAUACAUUGACAAACUGCUGUGGCAGUACAAGGAUAUUUCAUUAAAUAAAUAAAGUAAAUAUAUAUUUUGAUUUAAAACCGGCAUGUGUUUACAUUAAGUAGAAUGUAUCAGCUUUUGUAUCUUUUUAUGUUGUAUUUGGAAUUGAAACAUUUUCAAUAUUUUGAUUACCUAUUUGACAUAUUUAUCAGUUGUUGAGAGCAAAGUCACAUACAUUUAAACAGCAAAGGAGGAGAAUCACAGAGAAAUGGUUUCAAACAGAACCCAUGAUCGGCCCCACAAAUCUUGAUUGGAGCCCCCUUAGUCAAAGGUACGUCUAGUGAAAGUUAGGCUAAUGUUACUUAUAACAUCAUGGGGUCUUAAGAAAUGUAUUUUUUUUUAUUUCGCACAAAAUAUAACUUCUUUGAAGCACUGAUAGAAAUAAUUGAAACACAUUUUUUAAAUCAGGUUGUGCUUGUAAACUGUAUGGUGACAUGGAUACCUAAAUGUGGUGCUCUUUGUUUUAUUAGAACAAUCCCCCCCAUGUACUUUAAAAGCAGCCAAGUCCUUAUCCCAGUCACUACACGUGCUAGUUCAGUUUAACCUGUUUUGCAUUAAGUGAUACUUGAUUUGUCUCUGUGCCACAUGCAGAAGGUUUUGUUAUUUAAUGCCCAAUUCCUUUCGUAAUAACUGUUGUUGAAGCCAUGUUACCCUGGUUAAUAUUGAGUUCUUAUAUAAUGGCACAUUUACUAUUUUGAAUUUCCAGUGUAUAUAGUUCUGCUUUCAUAAUAAAACUACAAAUCUA